CGGCCCGGGAGAUGCAGGACCUGGCGACGCCGCUGUGGCCCGGGGUGUCCUUCCCGCGGGACUCGGAGAUGUGGCAGCUGCUGUGGGAGGACCUGGAGCAGCUGCUGGAGCAAGGCCGCCUGUCCUGCUGCGCCUCCUGCAGCUCCUCUGGGAGCCCCCAUCCUUCCCAGAGCCCCUGUGAGAGCUGCCAGACUCCGGAUGGAGAAGACCCCGUGGACAGAUCUCACUGCUGCCUUGGAGCUGCGGGUGUGAGGAGAAACCGCUCAUCCCUGAGGAUGCACGUGGCCAAGAAGAACCUGGAAGUGAAGCUGAGGGCCCAGCCUGUUCCAGUGAGGCGUUCCCAGCAGCAGCAGGAAGCGUCAUCCCCUUCCUCCGAGAGCCUCCCGUGCUCCUCGAGCCCCAGCGGGAGCUGCCAGACUCCCGAUGGAGAAGAUGCCACGGACAGCUCUACGUGCUCCUCCGGAUCUGUGGAUAUCAGUGGAGCCCGCUCAGCCCUGAGGAUGCACGUGGCCAAGAAGAGCCUGGAAGUCAAACUGGGAGCACGGCCUGCUCCAGUGAGGAAUUCCCAGCAGCAAGUGGCACAGCAGGACAUGUUCUGGAGCCUCCAGUGGCCAACCCACAGCUCCCACAGCACAGCAGUGCAGCACAAGGGGAAUGCCCUGUGCUCCGAGUCGGAGAAGAUCCUCCAGAGGCAAAGGGAGCUGGAGUUCCCCCAUCUCCGGGGAGCUCCUCAAAGCGAGAUGAGGCUCCUAUUGGCAGCUCAGAUUCUUCUGAGGAUGAUCUGUUUUAAAUAAAUCAACAUUUCCCCAAAGAACGGAGUUUGGGCUGGGAGAGGGUUCCUUUCUUCCCAAUAGCUGGGUUUGGAUUCAGGAUGGGAGUACUGUGGAUCACACAUGAGUGCUCUGGUUGCUCUCCUCAGGAACUUUGCAGUGUCCCAUGGGACAAUCCAUGUUUCCAGGUAGGAUGAGUGUCCAGGAUGAGUGUCGAAUCCCUGUGAGACUCUGGAAAGGAGCCCCAGGUGGGUGCAAGAGAUAGGCCUACUCCACCCAGCUUCCCAUCGGGAGGCCCAUGGCCACCACCCUCCUCCCAGGUGUUAAAGCCUCGCCUUGUUGGGCGAGCUCCUCUCAUUUUGGAUGCUCUGGGUGUUUGGGGGAUCUGACCGCCCUUCCUGGGGAGAGGGAAGGGACAGUGACCCCUGGGCAUGGGGAUAAGGACCAUGGGGGUCCCCAAAUCCCUGUCACAGCCCUGCUUGUGCUCGCUACGCCAGUCUCUGUCACCAGUGGCCGCGUGUGGCUCUCAGUGCUGGCCACUGUCCUGAGUGACAGCUGGGGAUCUGAGCCUGGGAUCCGGCUGUGGGGUGACCUGGCAGGGAUGGACACCAUCUGGAGCACCCCCUUGUGAGCUGUGGGACCACCCUGGAGCUCCUUCCGGACAGGAUCCAGCAUGGGAAUGUCCUCCACUUGGCCACAGGGCUCCUGGAUGUGGCAUUCCCUCUCUGUGGAAUGUUACUGCUCCAGGGAAAUGAGGGGAUCCCUCCCAGAGCCCCAGAUUCCCCUUGGGAUCCACAGCUCUGAGUCUCCCGUGCCCUGGAAACCCCAUGAGGGGAUCUCUCCAUGAGGGAUUCCAAGCAGGGGGAUGUGGUGUUGGCCAGAUGAGGAUGGGGUACAGGGGUGUCCUCCAUGAAUUUUGGGAUGCAGAGUGGUGUCAUUUGCCCCUCUCAUUUCCAGGGUGUUUGUUAUUCCCUGAUUUCAGGUUUAAUCCUCUGCCUGGAGCUCUUAGCUCCUUCUCCUCAGUGCUGGACACCCUAAAAACGGGAAUGGAAGACAGUUUGUGGGGGAAGUGUGGGGUAUCCCCUCUUCUCCUCCCUCCCUGCAACAGGGAGCAGAUCCAGGAUAUUCAGGCCCACCCCUUCCCGGGGAAGGAGAUCCAGGGGAAAUUGUGCCGGGGCAGUGCCCAGCUCCGCUCCUGAGUGCCGCCCCCCCGCCCGUGCCCCGCGCUCUGCGGGGAGGAGCCGCAGGAGCCUAAUGGCCCUUGAUGGAUUUUUCUUCCAGGAAUUCGCUGCGGGGUGGUUUUGUUUUGGUGGUGGCUUUUUUUUUUUCCUUUUCUUUCUCUCUCUCUUUUUUUUUUUUUUUUUUCCUUUCUGGGCUUCUAUAAACACGGCGUGGAUCGGGAAUGAGGGGGGGACACGCAGCUUGAGGGGGGCUUUCGGGAGAGGGCUGACACCCCGAUUUCCUUAACUCCCUUGCGUGUGGGCUUGGGAUGAGUAGCUCAUCCCGGCGGGAACACGGUGUCCUGGAGCCCUGCCGGGAAUGGGUGGGGGGGGCAACUCUGGGAAUUUCCCCCCACCCCACGCAGCCAUCCCCAUGGAGCAUCUUCCCACCCUACGGAGCACUUUCCCAGCCCCACGCAGCCCGCCCCGCCCCGGGUUUUGGGGGGCUGUCCCCUCCAUCCCCCCGUGUCCCCCCGUGUCCCCCUGGGCUGGGCGGUGCCCCGGGGGGGGAUGCCGCAGUCGCUGACGUCACGGAACU